AUGUCUCGAUUAAUUGUUAAAAAUUUGCCAAACAAAGUUACAGUAGAACAACUUAGAGAAAUCUUUGGUCAAAAAGGAGAAGUAACAGACAUCCAAUUAAAAUACACAAAAGAUGGCAAAUUCAGAAAUUUUGGCUUUGUGGGCUACCGGUCAGAAGAACAGGCUUCGGCUGCUCGAGAACACUAUGAUGAAACAUUUAUCAAUAGUAUGAAAAUAAGUGUUAAUAUUUGUGCAAACUUAGGUGCUGAAACUAAGCCUAGAGCAUGGAGUAAAUAUGCCACAGACAGCACUGCAUACAAGAAACUACAUAAAGAAGACAGUGAGGUCACUAAUAAACCUAAGAAAAAACUUAGCAAGACAGAGAAAAAUAAUAACAAAAUAAAAGAAUUACUUAAAAAGCAUAAAGAUGAUCCCUUGUUUGCAGAGUUUAUUGAAGCUCAUGUCAAUGACAAAACCGCAUGGAUUAAGGAUACCUUAGUUGACUUAAAUAAGAGUGAUAAUGAUAGUGGGGUUGAAGAUGAAAUUAAGGAAAGUAAUGAUGCAGUGCCACAAAGUGAAGAAAAAGAAAAAAUACAAGAAACCAAAGUGGCAAAUGCAGAAAUCAGUGAUUUAGAUUACAUGAAGUCCUUAAUGAAAAAAGUGGACGGCUUCAAGGAUACAGUGAAUGAUUCAUCUGAUGAAAUUCCCAAGAAGAUUAGAAAUAGACCUUUAUUUUAUGUGAAGAUAAAUGGACUCCCUUUCAAGUGUAAGAAGAAAGAUAUUAAAGAUUUUUUCAAGCCCUUAGUACCAUUUUCAAUUAGAUUACCUCUUGGCAAAGGAAAGAAGCUUGCUGGCUUUUGUUAUGUUGGUUUUAGAACAGAAAUUGAACUUAAAAAGGCACUUAAAAAGGAUAAAUUGUUUUUAGGAAGUCAUAGGGUGCAUGUCCAUAAAUAUGAAGAUAAAGCAAAACAAGCAGCCGAAGAAGAAGAACAAGAAAGCUUAAGAAGGAAAAAAGAGAGAACAAACAAUGGUGAAACUAUUGGUGAGAGUGGAAGCAUCUUUGUAAGAAAUUUGCCAUAUGUAGUUUCCGAAGAAGAAUUAACUGCAUUAUUUGAAAAGUAUGGUCCUAUAGCUGACGUGAACAUGCCAAUAGAUUCUAUACUCCGUCAACCUAAAGGUUUUGCGACAAUCACCUUUGUGAUGCCGGAACAUGCUGUCAAAGCCUACACUGAGUUGGAUGGAACUGCGUUUUGUGGGAGAAUGAUGCAUAUUCUACCCGCUAAGUCUGAAACAGUUGAAAACGAUGAUGAUGAUGCUGGACUCUCGUUCAAGGAGAAAAAGGCGAAAAAAUUAAAAGAACAAGCGAAAUCGUCGCACAACUGGAAUACUUUGUUCUUGGGAGCCAACGCCGUGGCUGACGUUGUCGCAGCCAACUAUAACACCACGAAGGAACAACUCUUGAAUGAUAAUAAUACAAAUACAAGUGCUGCCGUGAGGUUGGCAUUGGGUGAAACCCAAUUAGUUGCCGAGACCAAAGCAUUCUUGGAAAACAAUGGCGUGUAUUUGGACGCGUUUAAUAGACCCAGUAAGAAACGUUCAAAAACUUGUAUACUAGUUAAAAAUUUACCAGCUGGUACAGAAAGAGACGAAGUUAAGUCGCUAUUCGAGAAACACGGGCAAAUCGCACGUUUCCUAAUGCCGAAGCAUGGUAUCACAGCCUUAGUUGACUUUAUCGAGCCUUUCGAAGCUAAGAAAGCCUUUUUGAAACUUGCUUACUCACAAUUCAAAUCAGCCCCCUUAUAUUUAGAAUGGGCCCCAGAAAAUGUUUUUAUUAAAUCCAUUGCUGAAGUCCAUAAUCCUGAGGUAACUAAAGCUACUGAAAAUGUCGAGAGUGAUAAACAUACUGAAAUAGAAGAUAAACCUAUGCAAGAUGUUGAAGACAAUGAGGAACCUGAAAAUGAUACGACAGUGUUUGUAAAGAAUUUGAACUUUAAAACAACGGAAGAAGGGGUUAAAUCGCAUUUCUCUUCGUGUGGUCGUAUUCACGCGGUAACAAUCGCCAAAAAGAAGGAUCCCAAAAAUUCCGGGAAAUUCUUGUCUAUGGGCUACGGGUUUGUGCAGUUUUAUAAGAAGGGUCAUGCCACUGAAGCCUUAAAAACACUGCAAGGUUCCAGUUUAGAUGAGAAACAACUUGAACUUAAGCGUUCCGAGAGGGGUAACCAAACUGAAGUGAAAACUAACAAGAAGACUGUCAAAGAGACAGCACAGAAUGGCACAAAAAUACUCGUGAGAAAUGUACCGUUCCAGGCGAACAGGAAUGAAUUGCACGAAAUAUUCAGAGCAUUUGGUGAAAUAAAAACAUUGCGGUUGCCGAAAAAACUAACAGCAGGAUCCGACCAACAUCGAGGCUUUGCGUUCGUGGAUUAUUAUUCAAAAGCUGAUGCAAAGAAUGCAUAUGACGCCCUUUGCCAAUCCACUCAUCUUUACGGUAGAAGAUUGGUGUUAGAAUGGGCAGAUCAAAGUGACGAAAAUGAAGAUGUGUCUGCGCUUAGGAAAAGAACUGCGGAAGCAUUCAAUGCUAAAACUCCAGGUGGAAAGAAAAAUAGAAAAGCAUCUGUCGAUCCAGAAUUGUUUGUUGAAAAUGAUGAAAAUAAAGCAAUAUAA